AUGUGUUCGUUAAAUUCUGACAAUGGAAAAGCACAAAACGAGAUUUUAACAGAAGGACCAAAUGGAAGGAAUUCGGAGGAAUAUUCAACAACACCUUAUGACGAUGUUACCGUGAAGCCUUAUAUUGGCUUACUUGCCAAACUAUCCACUGCAUGGAUUGCAUAUCCAAUUAUUUCUUUAUUUUUUAUCGCUUUCCGUCUUCUAUCAGCUAUGAGCUCUAUUAAUCCACUUGUAGACGAUGUUAAACAAACUGCAUUGAGGUCAUGUGAUGCGUUAGAAGUUGCAACAUCCACAAUGACUUCUUUACCACACUAUAUGGCCGGUGGAUUUAAUCGAGCAACCAUUGCAAGUAUUAAUUUUACGAUAAAAAGUACCGUGCGAACAUUGGAUCUUGCCAUUUUGGCGUUAGAGGGUAUAAUACUAUGGAUAAUCGAUAAUUUUCGUGGCACUUAUCGAUGCUUAUUGGAAUUUGCUAUUCGUGGCUCCAUGGCGGUAGUUACUGAUGCGGUCAAUACCUUAACGCAAUUCACUAAUGGAAAAUUGAAUGAUUUAAAAAAUGAACUUGACAAACAAGUUUCAUCGGUGAAUUCUAAUCUUGACGAUGCACGAAAAGCUAUUCAGGGUAUCGGGUCCUUUACAAAGAUUAAUGUCAACUUGCCAACAAUCUCAAUUCCAGCUACAAAUGAUUUGUCGAAUUUUAAAUUUCCGGAUCUCGGACAAGGAUUAGAGAAACUUAAUACUAGUCUUCCGACUAUGGAUGUUAUUGAUAAAAAACUUGAUGAUCUUGUAUCAGUUCCUUUUGAUAAUCUUCGGAAAUUGAUAAAAGAUUCCACGUCUAAUAUGAAUUUUAAUGACUCGGUGUUGCCUGUUCCACAAACCAAUCAAGUCGCUUUUUGCGCAAAUAAUCUCGAUCUCACCAUCAUCGAUAAUAUAGCCCGUGAUCUUAUCAAGGCUGCGCAUAUUGGAUUAAUCAUUUUGGUGAUUAUUGGCUUGCUGCUUAUCGCCGCUAAUGCAGUUUAUAUUUGGUUUUCGCAUCGUCGAUUCAUGAUUCACGUAGACCGCGUGACGGCUACUAUUAGUCUAAUUACCGUUACCCCCACUCGUCAUUCCACUAUCGAAUUGAUAAAGAUCGCCGAACAUCCUUUGUUAUCUCGUUGGUUUAUUAAAACUUCGAAAUUCUUUAAAAAUAAAAAUCAUCAGAAUUUGUAUCGUUGGUUCUGGGAUUACAUAUCACAACCGACAGUAAUUGUAUGUCUAUUGAUUGGGGUAAUUGGAGUCUUGGGCGUCUAUCUUCAAAUUGCAUUACUUGACGGCGUGCGCAAUCACUAUCGGAAACCGCUUGAGGAAACCUUUAAUACAUUCGGUAAUGCUGUGAUGAGUUUAAUGAAUUCUGAACUUGGUUCAAUUUCAAAAGCUUAUUCGAAUGAUAGUAAUAAGGCGAUUUCUGGUGUAGAAAAUGAUCUUAACCGAGAUUUGUUGGGUUGGGUGAAUACCACUACGACUACGUUAAAUUCAACACUUAAUGUUGCAGUUGAUGAUUUGACAUCUUUUAUCACAAAUACUUUCAAUGGAGCUCCUGUACUGCUGACAGUCGCACAACAGUUAGUCAAUUGCUUGGUUUUGGUUAAAAUUCGUGGAAUUCAAAAUGCCUUGACUUUCAUUAAAGACAAUGCAUUCAUUGGAUUACCGCGAGUGAAUGACACAAUCUUGAUGGUUAGUCCUUCUAACAUGCAAGAGGUUGUUAAUCAAGCGACCGAUAAAUUGAUUGGAUCAAAAAAUGAUGAUUCUACCGGUGGAGAAAUUGGCAAAUUAUUCGACAAAUACGAAAAUAUUCUACGUGCCGAACUUCCGCUUUUUUGGAUAUUGAUAGCUUCCUGGGGGGUUGUCUUGCUCAUGGGUUUGAUUCGUGUUUUAUGGUUUAUAAUACGCGAGAAAAAAGAUGAUUCGAAUAAUUCUUCCGACAACAACAAUUAUAAAUCAAAAGAAAUUGAUGACAUAAACCUAUUAAGUUUACCACGAAAAACGAAAAAAUCAUCCGACCCUCGAAUCUCUAUGAUAUCUUUGAAUCGUAAUCGUAUUAGUGCUGCUAUUGAGGGACAACAACAACCAGAAAAUAGAAUAUCACGCGUACAAUCACACAUUAAUAGACCUGAUUUCAACUUUAAAUCAUCAUACUCGGUCACCAAGUCUACUCAACCAACAACAAAACACAUUCAUCUUGAACAACAAAAGAUAAUAUCAAAAGCAAAACUAAAAGAAGAGAAAUCAGCGAUUAAACCAUUUCUACCUCCGAAACCAAUCAAAGUAUUACCAAUAGAUUUAUUGAGUAAUGAAAAUGACAACAAUAGACUGCCUCCUCCAUUAAAACCAAAACCGAUUUUGAGCAACAAAACUUCAGCUUUUACGGACGUAAAUAUUAAUGAAGACGAAAGACCAGAUUCAUCAUCCGAAUACAAGCUUAAUAAUAAUGAUCAGCAGUUUCCAAAACUGCUGGAAAGAAAUCAUCGCACUGGACAAUGGUUAAAAAAUGAUCCGUUUAACAGCCCUUUUGAUGAUUAA